UAUUUCCUUAUUAGGAAUAUAUAUAUAUUUCUACUUGCUACGUCCCUGAACUGAUACCGUUAUACCUGGCGGAGCGUUGAACCAGAAACCGGUGCAGUGGAACCACGACCGUCAUUCCACGAUAUACCACCGACAAGUGUACCUGAGUCCAAAAACAGUAAAAAGUUAUUUGCGCGUAAACUUUUAUUUUGCCUGUGAAGAUGUGUAAAUGACGACGACACGAUAGGACAUGUAAUUUUUCGUGUAGAAUUUCGUAAAAUCUCCGACCAGAACAAGUAAUUAUCCAUGCGAUAGUGAUUCAAAAUGGGUAUUUUGUGACCUGUUGCUUUAGAAGAUAACAUGGAAAGAGUCCAAGAAAAUGGAUUAAAUGAUUUGGGGCACAAAAGUGUUAAAACUAAGUUCUGGGCUUAUAUUUUCUGGUUGUUCGGUGGACUCAUCGGAGCACAUCAUGUGUACCUCGGCAGAGACGAUCAGGCAUUCGUGUACAUCAGCACAUUCGGCGGUUAUAUAGGUUGCGGUUUUCUCAGGGACAUUUAUAGGAUACCUGCGUACGUGGCCGAUGCGAAUAAUGACCCGGCGUUUAUUGAGGAUUUUAAACGAAAAGUCAGAGCUAAUCGGAAGCCGCCGUUUUCCGCAGUGCGAUUUGCGGCUCAAGCUGCGGUUGCUUACUUAUGGGCCGAGUUGUUCAACAGUGCGAUCCCGCAGGAGGAAGUGUACGGUAUUAAUUUCAGACAUUUGCUGAUUCUAAUACCGGCUGUGAUCGCGCUAGGUGUCUGGACGGUCGGGAACAUUGGGAGAGAACAAGGUUCGAUAUGGAUAGCUCUUGCCACAGCAUAUCUAUUUUAUCCGACUUUAUAUUACAUCGCCGACGAUACCAUGUGGAUCUUCCUCAUGGUGGUUACCUCGAGUCUCAGCUUCGACACUUUCAGCAAGCAAUGGCGGCUGAAACCGAGAAAGAAAAGAAGCUUCUUCCGGCGUAUGGCCUGCUUAGGUUUAGCUCUCAUGCUCUUCUUUGCCGUAAUCGGUAGCUACUUAUACUUUAACGCGGUUAUCACGGAUAGCGAAGGCGAGGAGAUCAAGCUGUCGGAAGCCGUGCAACACUUCCUCACUUCGCCAAUUUGGACAGAUCUCAAGGCGAGUUUGGAGGCCACGUGGAACCACGCGAGACAUCAAGGCUUCUGGGCAACGUGGGCGCAACUGGUGGACCUCACGGAUCCUCGAGGCGAGAUAAAUGCUUACAAGGUCCUGGGUCUCUCGCAAACCGCUUCGCAGAACGAAGUCACGGCACGAUGGAGAAGUUUAUCCAGGGACAAUCAUCCUGACAAGGUUAAAGGUUCGGAGGAGGAAAGGCGCGAGGCUCAAGAAAAAUUUAUGGAAAUCCAACAGGCGUAUGAAAUCCUGUCUCAGGCGAAGAAUCGCCGGCAACGACGAAAUCGUCGUUCUGAUAAAUGAGCGUGCUUUUGAUUUGAAGGAUCAAUAAAAAACAAAGACU